AUGCAAAAGAGCUCGAAAUUUAUCUCUUUUCUAUCCACUCUCUCACCACCCUAUGUCCCUGCCAGCUACGAGCUCAAGGCCGUCAUCUCUCAUUACGGCAGCAGCAUCUACACUGGACACUACAAGGCUCUCAUAUCCCGCGAGUUUGAAUGGCUUGAAUAUGAUGACGACCACGUCAAGUCCGUAUGCUUUGAGAGAGUCGUCUGGGAUAGCCAUGCCUUCACGUUGCUCUAUCAUCGAAUCAACGACAGCACCUUGAUCCAUCCCGUUCAUCCUCCAAAUUUCGCGCCGCCGACGGAUGAUACUGAACCCUUGAAUGACUUCGACAUGCAAACCUCCGACCCCGAUGACGAUAGCAAUGCCUCUAACCAGGACCAAGAUAUUCAGAAACUUACCGAAACGGUGAACAGUGAGGAAGCGCUCUCCGAACCUGAGUCCGGUAGCAACGCCUCCGAUCGAGACCAAGAUAUUGAGCAGCUUACCGAAAUGGUGAUCAAUGAUGAAGCGCUCUCUGGUGAGCUAAGAAAUUUUAUUUUCGGUGUACAGCUCGGGACUAAUGUCUUGGAUAUAGUCAAAGGAUGUGAAGACUGCAGGAUGUACAAGGAUGCCUAUGAAGCCGUGACUUUGGGCUUUGCACAAUAUGAUCUCUAUGUUGCUGGGGUGUACAACCCGCUACUUGAGGACCUCAAGGCAAAGUCUUUGCAGGAUCCGAAGGUCGAGGCAGAAUUAGAGUGGAUCGAGGAUCAACAAGAGCACUUUGACUCGGCCAUCAACAACACAAUGACACGCCUCCGCGAGGUGAUGCCUGAGUACAUGGUUGGGCAUUGGGUGAGCCUCUUCGAUAGCGUCUCAAGAAAAGCAAAAGAGAAGAAGGCAGUCGAUCAAGUAGAGCCUGGCACGGAAGUCGGCUUGGGAGUGGUUUGA